AUGCUGCGGCUGGUGUCGCUGAAGUUGGGGCGGCUGUACCGCUACGUGAAGCUGGCGGUGCUGGGCAGCCUGGCGGCGGCGCUGGUGCUGAACACGCACUCGCUGCUGGCCUCGCUGCAGCGCAACGAGCUGUCGGAGCGGCGCUUCCUGCAGCUCAAUAAGUGCCCGGCCUGCUGGGGCACCAGCUGGUGCCGCAAGUUCCUCAACGGGCAGCUGCGGCUGGAGAGCUGGGGCCGCCUGCGCCUCUUCGACUUCUUCAACGUCAAGAACGUCUACUUCGCGCGCUACGGGGAGCCCCGCGAGGGCAGCCGCCGCGUCGUCCUCAAGCGCCUCGGCUCCGCGCAGGAGCUCGCCGACAUCGACACCAAGAUCUGCCGCCGCGCCACCGGCAGGGGCCGCUGCGACCUCCUCCAGGCCCUGCACGCCACCGAGUUCGCCAGCCUCAACGGCGACGUGCGGCUCCUCACCCCCGACGCCGUGGAGGGCUGGUCGGACCUGGUGCACUGCCCCUCGCAGCGCCUGCUCGACCGCCUGGUCCGCCGCUACGCCGAGACCAAGGACUCGGGCAGCUUCCUGCUGCGCAACCUGAAGGACUCGGAGCGCAUGCAGCUCCUCAUCACCCUCGCCUUCAACCCCGAGCCGCUGGUGCUGCAGAGUUUUCCAUCUGAUGAGGGUUGGCCGUUCGCAAAGUACUUAGGAGCAUGUGGAAGAAUGGUGGCUGUCAAUUACGUUGGAGAAGAGCUGUGGAGUUACUUUAAUGCACCAUGGGAGAAACGAGUGGAUCUGGCCUGGCAAUUAAUGGAAAUAGCUGAGCAGCUGACAAAUAAUGACUUUGAAUUUGCACUCUACCUCCUUGAUGUCAGCUUUGACAACUUUGCAGUUGGACCAAGAGAUGGGAAAGUUAUCAUUGUAGAUGCAGAAAACGUUCUGGUAGCAGACAAAAGGUUAAUCAGACAGAAUAAACCUGAAAACUGGGAUGUAUGGUAUGAAAGCAAAUUUGAUGACUGUGAUAAAGAAGCUUGUCUGUCCUUCUCAAAAGAGAUUCUUUGUGCUCGUGUCACUGUGGACCACAAUUAUUAUGCUGUUUGUCAGAACCUUUUAUCAAGACAUGCCACAUGGCGUGGCACUUCUGGAGGACUACUUCAUGACCCCCCAGCUGAAAUUGCCAAAGAUGGCCGACUUGAGGCCUUGCUGGAUGAGUGUGCCAACCCAAAGAAGCGAUAUGGUAGAUUCCAAGCCGCAAAAGAACUGCGUGAAUACCUUGCACAAUUGAGUAACAAUGUGAGGUAGUCCACAGUGAAAAUUUUUUGCAGCACUGGCUAAAACACUAUUGCAAAGACACAUAGAAAAUGAAGUUUUGAACUUAUGUAUUAAAAAGAGAAAAUAAAAAAAAA